AUGAAGGCCUACUGUAGCACAGCAGCACGCAACAUUCACUCCCCAAACUGCUACAAACUGCUGCUGCAGCGCAUUGCUCCCCGCCAGACUGAUGAGCUGCUGCAGAGCACCAGCACCCAAGACCGCGCUCACUGUGUGGUCAUCACCUCACUCGCCUCACUUGGCCACCACUCUGUUCAAGCUUUCCCCGCAUCGCCACCUGAGGCUUUUCCGAGCGCCCGCCCGCCCGUCAUCUUCUCGCCCGGAGAGAUUAGUUUGAGGGACCCGACGUCCGGGAACUCUCAACUGUGGAGCACAGGCAGUAACAGCUAA